AGGUACCGUCUGUCAUUACGCGAUGACGCAAGGACGUAGCUUACUGAAUGUGAUGGCGGACGAAAUUACCUCCAGUGCGAGUCAGAGAGGCAAGAGAGAAAGUCGUCUGACCCGUGACAGUGCUUAGGAACCAGGUUUAGGGAGGGCGACUGUUGUGUAUGUUUUGAACGCCGUCCCCUCCCAGUGUAAUAAUAUGUGGGACCGCGUGUCUUUGGAGUGCGAUAACUGGGACGCGGCAGAAACAGACACCGCUUAUUAGUGCAGUGUAACGGUUGCUAGCUAGCUAGCUGUUAGCCAAUAAGACUCCAGUAAAAUAACAAGACGACUCAAUAAGCCAGAUCCAGCAAGGAGUAGCUAAAGGACCUGGAGGAGACACCAGGAUGAAAUUUGCGGAGCAUCUUUCUGCUCACAUCACUCCGGAGUGGAGGAAACAAUACAUCCAAUAUGAGGCGUUUAAGGAGAUGCUGUACGCCGCGCAGGACCAGGCUCCCUCCAUAGAAGUCACAGAUGAAGACACCGUCAAACGAUAUUAUGCCAAGUUUGAAGAGAAGUUUUUCCAGACCUGUGAGAAGGAACUUGCCAAAAUCAACACUUUCUAUUCAGAGAAACUGGCGGAGGCGCAGCGGCGCUUCGCCACGCUGCAGAAUGAGCUGCAGUCGUCUCUGGACGCGCAGCGGGAGAGCAGCGCGCCCGACCUGCGCCGGCGCCACAAGACGGUGUUCCACCUGUCGCACGAGGAGCGCGUCAAGUCCCGCAACAUCAAGGACCUGCAGCUGGCCUUCAGCGAGUUCUACCUCAGCCUCAUCCUCCUGCAGAACUACCAGAAUCUGAAUUUCACCGGUUUCCGGAAGAUUCUGAAGAAGCAUGACAAGAUCCUGGAGACCCCCCGCGGCGCGGACUGGCGAGUGGCCCACGUGGAGGUGGCCCCGUUCUACACCUGCAAGAAGAUCACCCAGCUCAUCUCCGAGACCGAGGCCCUGGUGACCACCGAGCUGGAAGGGGGGGACCGCCAGAAGGCCAUGAAGAGGCUGAGAGUGCCUCCGCUGGGCGCGGCGCAGCCGGCGCCAGCCUGGACCACCUUCCGCGUGGGGCUGUUCUGCGGAGUCUUCAUGGUCCUGGCCGUCUCCUUCAUCCUCAGAGGUGCGGUGUUGACGCAGCUCGGCGACCCUGAAUACCGCAACAACGUGUGGCCGCUGGUGCGCGUCUACCGCGGCGGCUUCCUGCUCAUCGAGUUCCUCUUCCUGCUGGGCAUCAACACCUACGGGUGGCGGCAGGCUGGGGUCAACCACGUCCUCAUCUUCGAGCUGAAUCCCCGCAGCAACCUGUCCCACCAGCAUCUGUUCGAGAUCGCUGGGUUCCUGGGGGUCCUGUGGUGCAUCAGCAUCCUGUCCUGCCUGUACUCGGACUACACCUUCAUCCCCAUGCAGGUCAACCCGCUCAUACUCUACGGCUUCAUGCUCCUCUUCCUCAUCAACCCCUUCAAGACCGGCUACUACAAGUCCCGCUUCUGGCUGCUCAAGCUACUGUUCCGUGUGUUCACAGCUCCUUUCCACCGGGUGGAGUUCGCAGACUUCUGGCUGGCAGACCAGCUCAACUCCCUGGUGUUUGUGCUGAUGGACCUGGAGUACCUGGUCUGCUACUACAGCUUUGAGCUCAACUGGAACACAAAGAACGGACUGCUGCCCCACCACCAGGGUGACGUGAUGUGCCACAGCUACUCGUACGGCGUCCGCGCCAUCAUCCAGUGUCUGCCCGCCUGGUUCCGCUUCGUGCAGUGCCUGCGCCGUUACCGCGACACCAAGCGCGCCUUCCCUCACCUGGUCAACGCCGGCAAAUACUCCACCACCUUCUUCGUGGUCACGUUCUCGGCCCUCUACCACACUCACAGAGCCCAGAGCCACGACGACGCGGAGGUCUUCUUCUACCUGCUCAUCGUCUCCUCGGUGAUCAGCUCCUGCUACACCCUCAUCUGGGACCUGAAGAUGGACUGGGGCCUGUUCGACCGCAGCGCCGGGGAGAACACCUUCCUGAGGGAGGAGAUCGUCUACCCGCAGAAAGCCUACUACUACUGUGCCAUAGUGGAAGACGUGAUCCUGCGCUUCGCCUGGACCAUCCAGCUCUCCCUCACCACCAUGGACGUCUUCCCCUCAGCCGCCGACAUCCUGUCCACCAUCCUGGCUCCCCUGGAGGUCUUCAGGCGCUUCGUGUGGAACUUCUUCCGGCUGGAGAACGAGCACCUGAACAACUGCGGCGAGUUCCGGGCGGUGCGGGACAUCUCGGUGGCGCCGCUCAACGCCGACGACCAGACGCUGCUGGAGCAGAUGAUGGACCAGGAGGACGGCGUGCGCAACCGGCAGGGCAAGAAGAGCUGGAAGCGCAGCUACAGCCUGUCCCUGCGCCGGCCCCUCCUGUCCUCCCAAUCCAAGACCCGAGACACCAAGGUGUUGAUAGAGGACACCGACGACGAGGCCUACACAUGAGCCUGAGGGGCCGCUCGAUGCCUGGGGUCACACCCCCCAGCCCGCUGUCCAAUCAGAGCAUCACAGAGCUGCCUCUCUGCACCUUCUGCGCAGAUACACACCACACACAUCCCUUAGACACACUAACGUAAACAACUCCCAUAGACACACGCGCACACACACACACACACACAUCCCUUAGACACACUAGCAUAAAUAACUUCCAUAGACAGACACACACACAUCCCUUAGGCACACUAGCAUAAAUUACUUCCAUAGACAGACACACACACACACAUCUCUUAGACACACUAACAUAAACAACUCCCGUAGACAGACACACACACACGCAUCCCUUAUACAUACUAACAUAAACAACUCAUUUAGACAGACACACACACAUCCCUUAGACACACUAACGUAAACAACUCCCAUAGACACACGCGCACGCACACACACACACACACAUCCCUUAGACACACUAACGUAAACAACUCCCAUAGACACACGCGCACACACACACACACACACAUCCCUUAGACACACUAGCAUAAAUAACUUCCAUAGACAGACACACACACACAUCUCUUAGGCACACUAGCAUAAAUAACUUCCAUAGACAGACACACACACACAUCCCUUAGGUACACUAACACGAACAACUCCCAUAGACAGACACACACCCAUCUCUUAGACACACUAACAUAAACAACUCUCAUAGACGGACACACACACACAUCCCUUACACAUACUGACGUAAACAACUCCUUUAGACAGACACACACACAUCCCUUAGACACACUAACGUAAACAACUCCCAUAGACAAACACACACACAUCCCUUAGACACACUAUUGUAAACAAAUCCCAUAGACAGACACACACACAUCCCUUAGACACACUAACUUAAACAAUUCCCAAAAUCAGACACAGCUAUUUCUUAGUCACACUAAUACCAACACACUCACAUCCCUUACACAUGCGCAUACACCUGCAUCACAGAUACAUACCAUAUAUCGCUUAAGCAUGCACGCAUGUACACCACACACACUCAUACAGCCUUUUAGUGCACUAACAUACAGACAAACAUACACCCCAUAGACCCACACAUCCUGUUGACACACACGCUCACACGUGUACACACAUCGACACAGAGAAAUCACAUUAGUCGCAGACACAAGCGGUUGUACAAACAGACGCAUUCUCAUUGAUCAGUCACGCAUAGAUACUGCACUUGCUGUACACAUAUGUACACAUGCGCUCUCUGGCAUACACUUGGAAAAGUCACCCUUUCCUGGGAUUUUCCUGUAACACAUUUUUAAUUAGACAUUUGUGCACAUUAUUUUUAUUUUUAUUUUUUCAUGCAUUUUUUUAAUUUGUAUAUUUGUUUAGGGGUUUUAUCUCGCCAACUAUUUUUUUUGAAGAUACAUACAUAACAAGCAAAUGACUGUUUACAAACAUUUAUAUAAUCUGUAUAUCAGGAUCAACAGGGAGAAGAUAUUAAUAAUCACAAAGACUAAUAUGAAUAAUAAGACAACAGAGCAUGGACUCAGAAACCAGACAAUAACCACGGCUCAUCCAGAAACUUUUCUCACGGAUGGUUUUUUUGGGGGGUUUUAUUUGAUCUUGGUUUUUUUUUUUUUAAAUCCUGUUGGUUCGUUUCGUCUUUACGUUGUCAUGGAGUCAGCGUACAGCCCUGGAUGCACUUGCAGGAAAAGUGCACAGAAAGCAACUAACGGAAAAAAACAACUACAUACAUAGUUUAUUUUUAAUUUUUGUAAUGUACAUUAUUCUAAUUUUGCGGGUUUCGUUUGUUAUUGUUAUUUAUGAGAACGAGAAUGGCUUGAGCGUCUGUGCAAUGUGUAAGUGUUUGAAAAGGUGACAGCUGAGUUGUGGCUCCUGCUUUGCUGACUGAAGGCAGAGAGCCUUUUUUCUGGGUGUUUAAAAAACCUUCAGGUGGCCCAAAUUAAGCCAUGUUCCGGAGAGCAAGCCCCGCCCAUACACCUGCCUAUCACAGCGCCGCACCAAUGAACGGUUCAGAGGUCAUCGCUCAAGGAAGAUCUGCGUCCACCUUCUGGAAUGCUGGUUGUGCCAAAGUGUAUGUGAUACUACCGUGGUCUAGUCAGAGAGCUGGAUAGGUGGUCAAAUUUCUUGCGGGCUCCCAAAGUAGUGUUGCGGAUAAAUAGCUGAAUUGUGUAACGUUAUUUGUUGCCAAAAAUAUAAUGAAAAUGUCCUUUUUGUUGUGAUUAUUUACAUGUUAAAUAUGAUGUUGAAAAAGGCUCAUAGCCACUGUCAUUUAGUUAAGCUGAUCCAAACGUCUACUUCACAAAGUUCAGUGUUUGUAGAAAUGGAUUUUUUUGCCAUUUCAAAAUCACUUAUUUAUAUCUAUUAUCAUAUGAGCCAGGGCUGCACAGUCUUGCAUAACUGUGUUUUUGUAGCCAGAACUUCAUUUUGGCACAAUUGUUUUUGUAUUAUUCUGUGUAUAUAUACAAUAUAUUUGGAUUGGUAGAUUUGUGUUGCUUUGGAAGAGUAACCCGUAUAUUGUGUGGUCAGUAGAUUUGAAAAUACGACAGUCUUAGUCGUUUUGUAUUUCUUCUGGGAAAUCCAUUUUGGACUGCCAGGCUGUUGGGUAGAAAUGAACCCUCUGUUUUAAUGAACCCUGUGUAAUUCAGUCUCUAAACAGAUGGUUUAGGCAUGCAGCGGUGUUGUCUGUGUGGCGUACAGAUCGCUUUGUGGCCUGCUUUAUUUUAGCUCUGUUUGCUCUGUGAAGUUAUUAUAUUAUAGAGCUCCACCGUUUUCAGAUUUUGUUUUAUCAGACGUGUACUGUAUCAAGCCUAGUCUUGAUACAGAAGGUUCUAGUAACUCUGAAUAAUGGUCACUUGCACUAAAAGGUGGUUUCUCCCUGUUUGCAGAACACGGACCAAACCUGUACUAGGCCUUUGACAGUUUUUUUUGUCUUGUCUGUCUCCUCAUCCACUUAUCAUCCAAUUUUGUCCAUUUUGGAUGCAUUCCCCUCAUUUUGCAUUACACUAAUUUACUCUGUCCUUUUUUUUUGUCAAGGCUAACGUUUAUGACAGCACUGCUUCUAUGAAUUCAGGGCAUUGUAUCUUGUGCGUGGGAUAGAUUUCUGUGUAGCAGCCUCUGGAUCAGUCCUGUGCUCCUGUUUUUGCUUCUGUGAUCGUUUUUCAGACUGUUUUAUUGAACUGGGGACCAAGAGGGCGGCCCCUCAUUGUGCUAGACGGUGCACAAACUGUGAGGCUGUUGCAGGGACAGGGUGAGGGGGAGGUGAACAGUUCAGGGGGAGGCUGUCUUUUCUGCCACCCACUCAGGUUAGAUAAUCUUUCUAUUGUGUUAUUGUGUUCUUCUUUUCCUCAGCCAGUGAAACUCAAGCUUUGUUGAGCUUCUUUCGAAACGUUCAGCUGAAGAGGAAUAUGAGUGAUUUGUGUUCUGCGUUGAUAAUGCUGAACGUCCUGCUAUAGAAGUGUGACUGCAGUCUUUCAUGAAGGGGGAGGAGACUGAACUUAGUCCCUCCUCCUAUGCCACCUGAAGGACAUUUAAACAUCCAGGAAUAUCCUCUGGUAUGUCAAAUGUGUUGCCGGGCACAUAGUUGCUACGGCUAAUGUCAAAUGGGUUUGUAUAUGUUUGUACUGAGCUUCACUGGAAAAAAAAACAAAACAAAACUCGAGGGCUUGGGAGUGUGUAUAUGAUAUGCCAUAUCCACUCUCCAUUGCCUGAGCCUCAACGAUCAAAUCUGCUGGUUUGUCCUGACAUUUCAAGUAGCACAAUAAAUGAACGUGUUUUAAAGAGUAGACUGCUGUUUAUAAAGGUGUGAACUCAGCAGGUCAGCCAUAAGGGUUGGCAUAUUGAGGUGCGGAGGGUGAGGAACUACAGAAUCUCUGUGUAACAGCAUAAUGAUGUUCCACUUUCAUUCACAUUUUUGUGGCAAUAGAUUUUUGUUUUAAUAAUUGCUGUUGGUAAUUUAACAGAUAUUUUCCUGCACAAUAAUUUUAUGAUGUCAUAAACUGUAUAAUUUGUGAAAACGCACUUGACUUUUCUGUUGUUUCACUGUAAUGGAGAAAAUGAUAAUGCUUUUGAUAAAGAUCUCAAACUAUCCUGGAGGUGACUAGAGCUGAGGAUUUGAAUGAUUAUAUGUUAUUAAUAUUCUACAAUGCAUGCUUACCUGCUCAUUAAGGAGAAUCUUUUCUUAAACCUGUGAAAAUGAUCUAUGGAAACAAUCACAGAAAUUCCUAGAAAUGUAAUUUAUUUGAGUCCAGGUUAACCUGUGUCACAAAUAUGGAGCACAGAAGAUUGGUAUCUGUUCUUGUACCCCAAAUGCAUGUCACAUGACUGCCUCCAUGUUGGGUGUUUGAAAAAGUACAAGUUUUAUCUGGGGUACAUGAUCUUAUACUUUAGUAAUAUUUAGGAGGCUUUACCCAGUAAACAUGACCCAUUUGGCCCCAGGAUGGCUUUACAUUAUUUAUAUCAGAGGGCCAGCAUUAAAUUUGCUCUUCUGCAUUACUAAAGGCCACCAAGAACGCUUUAGCAUUGUCUACCAGCAAUGGCCUUACAAAAUUCCUCCAGCUUGAUCAUUAUUGUGGUUUGUUCUUGGACAAAUGCUGCCACUAAUUGCUGAAGUACUGCUCUCUGGCAAUUAGCUGCUGCCUGACUGGUACUGUCAUAUUUCAUGCAUUCAUGCUGGUAGUUAGAAUUUGGCUAGUUCUACUUGUAAUAGAUUCGCUGCAAUUGGCUCCAGACACCAAAACGGAUGUUGGUGGUAAUUAAUUGAGACCUCCAGAAUACCAGCAUUGGCUCCUGACUGUUAAAGUACUGUUGGGGAAAUGUAGUGUGGCAUUACUGGGCUAGCACUGGCACGCUACAUUCCUCAGUGUCCAACACUGGACCAAGUAGCUUAUGUUUGCAGGGUAGUAGUCCCCUAUGUGUAGACGUAGGGAGGGUCUGUGGUUUUCACCUGCUGGAUCCACAUUUGAAUUACAGAGCUGAAAAUACUACUGAUGGCAAUCAAGGCAAUGCACAACUGACCUAAGAAUCUCUUAAAUAAAUACCUGUAGUCUGCAGAAAUGUGUCCAGAAUACAAGUAAACAAUUUCAAAAUAAGUUUAUUUUUCACAGAAAUAAAUCAGGGGCCUAUGUUACACAGCUCAGGGAGACCGAGUUGGUAGCUUUUGGUUCUGGUUAGGAGCAACCUUGUGCGCAGGAAUUUAAAGGGUGCAUACAGGAAGUGAAGUGCCCCUUUAAUCCCUGUACACAAGGUCAAGGGCAACAAUUGUUGUGGUUAAUCAAAGGGCAUGUCAGUACAAAGGGCAUGACCGGGUAAUUUAUUAAUUACCUUGGCAUUUUACAUAGGAUUGACAAUUGAUGAAAAUCUGAAAAAUCCUGCAACUGAUGUUAUAUAUAUAUAUAUCAAAUGUCAAAUGUCCUCCAGUGGUCCCUCUUAAAAAUCUGUAAAUUUGAUUGAAACAUUCUUUUAAUAAUAUAGCUGUCCAAAUUUCAGAAAACAGUUGUGGAUUGUUGACAAAAACACCAUGCAUCACCAAGUAGCUGUAAAAAAUUUGAAUACUUGUUACCUUGACUGUGUUGAAACGCUUGGGCUUUUUAUUGCUUUUCAUGAAAACUGAUCCACAUCAAUCGAUUAACCGGUGAAAUUAGAUGUGGCGUGAUUGCAAAUGAAUAAGCGUGAUGUCUGACAAGACAGGGCCACACUGUCUAUUGGAGCAGGCAAGUUGGGGGGGGGUGGCGUGAGGUAGUCUAUAAUGCACAAACUGAAAUAAGAAUCCAGUGGUCUUCCCAUUUUCACUUGGCUCUCUGUUCCUGCUCUUCGUACAAGGUGCUAUGGCUUUGCGUUCUUGUGCAACUCAUGGUUAGGCCUCUGCUUUCUCCUCUCCAGCCCACGCCAGUCAGGCGGCGUUUAUAAAUGUGUUGUGUCAUAGCAGCAGAAGCGAGAAAGAAAAGGUACAUUCCAGUCCGCUUCUGUUAUGUUCACACCUGCCCUCAACUCUCCAAGGAUAAUUUUGUGGAUAAAAUCAAGGCUUGCCUUUGUAUUAUUUCUGCUCUUUCUCUCUUGUAACUGAAUCAGAUUUCUUUGAGUCACCUCAGAAACAAACGCCCGGGUGAUGUACAGCUGACCUCUGCCCCUUUUUAUUUCUUUGGCAUAUCUGUUGGACGCAUGGUUAACCCGUGCAGACAUUUGGAGCUUGCAAUCCCAACAUACUGGCAAUGGAAUCUGUUACACCUUUGCGAGCACAAUCUCUUUCGGCUGUAACUUUGAAGGUGGGUUAGCCCUUUUCAUGGGAAGCCAGACUUUUCAAAGGAAGGUUUAAUGUAAUCAGUCUUGUGUUACUGCCUGCUUUGUCUAUCCGUUUCUAUCUUUCACUCUGUGGCUAAGCUGUGUUUCGGUCAUGCAGUCACUGAGUUGUGUCUAGUGAACAAUGUGUGUGUUCUGUGCUGUUGGCUUUUUUUGUUGUUUGUUUAUUUUUUGUCUUCUUUUUGCUUGGCAUUAUUAGUGCUGUUAAUGCAACGUAGUGGGGAUGAGGGACCUAACAAGAUUCUCACUAAAAACUCAAGCAGAAUAGUGUAACUUAUUUGGAAUGUGAAAACCAACUAUGACAAAAAUGACAUAAAAUGGCUUGUGCCUUUUUAAGUAGAUUUGUGUGCUAUUGUACCGAUUGUAGACAAAGAGCUGUCCUCAAUUAAGGCUGCCACUAUAAUAGUCUUUGUUAGUUGUGCUGCUGCUUUAUGUUACUAUUUGUCAAAACAUUUCAUAAACACAAGCCAUUUAAUAUGGACAGUUUUGCAUCUACAUUAUAGUUACUGCAAACCAACAUGCAGAAGUCAUUUACGUGCCAAGUUUUUGUAUGCUGUGUUUGUUGGAGUUUUGGGUCCCUGUGCAAUCUGAAAUUCUCUUAGGCAAAGACCAGACCACCAGGGCAGUCAGCCUAACCCUCACCAAAGAGCAUCCUACUGCAAGGUCGCCUUUCAUUUUCUUGUAGUUGUUGCAAUUCAGCGCCUUUUUAAGUAAGAGCUUGACAUCUCUUUCCCGCCCAAACGCAGGUACACACAUGCACACUCAUUCAGCCUCUCUUAAGCCCCUCCCUGUCUCUCCCCUUUUCACCCCUGACCCCACCCAAACCCAGACUGCAAGCACAAACCCUCUAUCCCCUUUCGUCAGUUCUGUUUGUGUUGCUUUGCACAACUGUCUUGCCUGCAUGCUGCUUUAAUUUUAAUUGUACAUAUUUUCAUUUGUUUUUCUUUAUGUGGGUAAGAAUCACUAUUAUAUCAUUUUUGAAAUUCUUGUUUUUAAGACAAGCAGUAUUUAGGUGAUGAGGAGCAUCUUGAUUGUUCACAAUCCUGCACUCUUUUAGUGUAAUAACUGUCCAACUGUGUACGUGUAAAAAAGAAAAAAAGAAAAGAAAAUACAGUAAGUUAAUAUGGAAUGUGAUUGGUCUUAUCUUGUUGGUGCUUCUUUCUGAUUUGUCCUUGCUCCUUCAUCCCCAAGGCUUGUGUCCAGGGCAGGUGGAGGGAGGGGGGUUACGGUUUUGAGCAAACCUCAUAUUGGAAAGUGCCGACAUUUAAACAUCAAAAAGCAGGGGAACUUCUUUUACUCUUUAUGAAUAGAAAAAUGAACAAUUACACACAUUAAUAGUAAUAACUGACCAAAUGAACUAUGUGAGGUCAGUGGUGGGAGAACUCUUCAAGCUUCAAGUUUGAGGGUUAUUUUGUAGAUUUUUUUUUCUGUUUUUGCACAAAAAGACUUGAAUGAUAGGCAAGCCCUGAUAUCACUUUUUCUUACUGGGGGAAAGCCCCAAUGAUCUGUCGAUUCUAUUGCUUGCUAAAUCCAUGAUGUUAAGUGCUUGAUAUCUUGCUGCAUCUUUACUUCUUGAUGUUGUACUCUUUCUUUCUAAAAAUAGAUGACUGUGACAAUGUUUGUAGUUAAUAGAUGGUUGUACCUAAAAAAAGGGUUUAAAAACUGAUAAAACUUACGUGGUUAUGUGUUUAGAGACAUUUUUAAAAAAAGAAAAGUUGAAAGGAAAUGUCUUACAAUCCCCCUUUUGCAGAGUAGUUUGUACAUGUUGAGUGUAUUGCGCUGUGCUAUGAUGGUUUUACUGAUGGUCUGAUUUGUAUUUCUGUAUACACUUUGGUGAUCCUGUCAUAUCUGGGUUUUAUAAACCACGCUUAUUUUUAAAGUGUA